AGACGCUUUCGUUCCGGUUACUGUUCCCAGCAUGGCGUUCCCAGAGCCGAGACCCACGAAGCCGGAGCUGCCCCGAAAGUCGGUGCGGAGCCUGCCCUGUCGCCAGGGAGCCGUGAGGGCCGUGCGGUUUAACGUGGAUGGUCGGUACUGCCUGACCUGCGGCAGUGACAAGUCGCUCUCCCUGUGGAGCCCCCUCCGGGGGACAUUGCUUCGGACGUACAGUGGCCACGGGGCAGAGGUGCUAGACGCUGCCGGCUCAUUUGACAACAGCCGACUGUGCUCUGGGGGAAGUGACCGAGCUGUUCUGUUUUGGGAUGUAGCAUCAGGCCAGAUUCUCCGCAAAUUCCGGGGGCAUGCCGGGAAGGUAAACUGUGUGCAGUUCAAUGAGGAAGCCACAGUGAUUGUGUCUGGCUCUAUUGAUUCAAGCGUCCGAUGCUGGGACUGCCGCUCACGACGACCUGACCCAGUCCAAAUCCUAGAUGAAGCCAAGGAUGGCAUAUCCAGCGUGAAGCUGUCAGAUCAUGAGAUCCUAGCAGGUUCUGUGGAUGGACGCUCUCGGCGCUAUGACCUUCGAAUGGGAGAGCUGUAUGCAGACUAUGUGGGAAGUCCCAUCACUUGUGUGUGCUUCAGCAAAGAUGGCCAGUGUACUCUCAUCUCCAGCCUUGACUCUUCCCUUCGACUCCUGGACAAGGAUACGGGGGAGCUACUUGGAGAGUACACAGGACACAAGAAUCAGGAAUACAAGUUGGACUGCUGCCUAAGUGAGCGAGAUACUCAUGUGAUCAGCGCCUCAGAGGAUGGAAAUGUCUACUUCUGGGAUCUGGUGGAGGGCACUCUGGCUUUGACCUUGCCAGUGGGCAGAGGUGUGGUUCAGUCCCUGGCCUUCCACCCUACAGAGCCCUGCCUCCUGACUGCCUCAGAAGGCAAUGUCCAGUGCUGGCGAGAAGAGUCAUUCAUAGCAGAGGAUGAGUUGCCAGCUUGAAAGGCAGCACAGACAUACAUGGAUGGGACGCAUGAAGUUUAUUAACCUUAGGGAUCUGUACCAUUACCUGACACAUAAAGGGACCUUUAUCCCAGGCCUGGGUAUUUGCUGAUCUUGGCCAGGGCACCAUGAAUGUUGGGGAUGCCUGGAAAUUAAUUUAGAGACAAUAAAUAGGAGGGGUCAGGACCCCCAGCUUCCAGGUCCCUAUUGGAA